AUGGACAACAUGAACUCGUUUGUGGAGUACUCCAUCUGUAACCGACCGGGCACUGGCGCUUAUUCUGCGCCUAAAUCUGGAUAUCACCACCACCACCUUCACCACCACCACCUUCCACUGGAGCAGCACCAGGGCUUCCCGGUGACCUCCGGUGCUUUCCACACAGCACCCACAGUCUCUGCAGCUUCCGUUAACAGCACGAGGACUGACAGCAGCACCGGGGGAGCGGGUUACACCGGGGACACGCGGCUGUACGUGGGAACCGGAGGGACAAAUGAGGCGAGCCAGCAUCACCACCAGCAUCACCAUCACGAACAGCAGCAGCAGCAGCAGCAGCAGACUCACAACGGCUACCAUCAUCAUCCUCACCUUCACCAGACACAAACCGGGAUAAUGUCUCCGUAUAACACCGGGAACACCGGUGCCUACGCAGGCCAGCCGUGCCAAACUAACUCGGAUUACUCCCCCACCACCGUGCACUCCCAGUACUUCAUGGAGGAGUCUGCGGCCUCCUCCUACUAUCAUCAAUCAUCCUUCCCCAGCGCGGCCCCCACAGUCGGGCCCAGCUACGGGGCCCUGGCCGGGGCCUACUGCGGGCCUCAGGGCGCUUUGGCCGGGCCCCAGUACCCCCAGCAGCUCGGUGGGGGUCUGGACGCAGCGGGCUACCUGGGACUCACACACGGGGGAGGAUACGGGGAGCUGCCGGCCUCCCAGGACCGAGAGAGGGGGGAAGAGGAGGGUCAGCAGGCCGGGCAGGGGCAGACCUUCGACUGGAUGAAGGUGAAGAGGAACCCGCCGAAAACAGCCAAAGCGGCAGACUUCGGCCUCGCGGGCGCACACAACAACGCCAUGCGCACAAACUUCAGCACGCGGCAGCUCACGGAGCUCGAGAAGGAGUUCCACUUCAGUAAAUACCUGACGCGCGCGCGACGCGUGGAGAUCGCAGCGACGCUCGAGCUCAACGAAACGCAGGUGAAGAUCUGGUUCCAGAACCGGAGGAUGAAGCAGAAGAAGCGCGAGCGGGAGGGCGCGUGCUCAUCCACGGCGCGCUCAUCUUCCUCCAACAAGGAGCUGGAGGACACGGACCAAUCCUCCGCGUCCACGUCACCGGGCGCGUCCCCGAGCUCAGAGACGUAG